UCUCUCUCCCUUUCUCUCUCUCUCUCUGCUUUAGCAUGUAUGUGUAUAUUUUUUUCCUCCAUGUUUAGUCACACCUCACAAGUGAUUUCUUGUCUUCCCUUUAUUACUCAAUUGGCUGCUUUAUCCACCUUGAUUUUGUACAUUUUCUUUUUCUUUUUUUCUUUUUUUUUCCCCCCUUCAUACUUACACUUUCUUUGAAUUUGGUGAUUUUGUUCAAUCCUCUCCUUAUUAACUUUUGGUCAUGAUCACCUUUUACUCUCUCUCUCUCUCUCUCUCUCUCUCUCUCUCUCUCACACACACACACACACACACACACACACACUGUUGUGGGUAUAAAUUAUAAUAAACCAAAUCCCCAUCUACCCAUUUUUCUCUGCUCUCCAACCUCUCACCAUGAAUGAUCCCUACUCUAAUUACUUCAAUGGUUUCUUGAACCUCAAUUCUCUCCCCUCCUUCUCUUCCUUCACAUCUUCUUCCAAUAACCCAUAUUUCCAAUCUCCUAAUUAUGACUACAACAUGAUCUGCUACAAUAGCAUAGCCAUAGACAACAAUACUAAUACCUCUUUCAAUCACUUCGGAUCCUCAAGUACUUCUCCUCCCUCUCCUCCUCUCAAAGAAGCUCUUCCUCUCCUCAGUCUAAGCCCUACAAGACAUGAUCAUAAUAAAAACCAACAAGACCACACUAAUUACUUGAGUGCCACUUAUGAAGGAGACAAGAUUAAGAUGAUGAUCAACUACAAGGAAAAAGAAGAAAGCUUGCACUCCAGCUCAUCUGUCGAUGAAACUGUUACUGUAGCUUUGCAUUUAGGGCUACCAAGCCCUAGCUCAGCGGAUUUAGUAUCUAGGCUCUCUUCCACAGAGAUCUCAUCAGACAAAGAAGAUGUAUCUGUUACUUCUGGUUGUCAUUCAAGUACACUCAACAAGGGUCAGUAUUGGAUCCCUACACCUGCUCAGAUUUUAAUUGGUCCUACACAGUUUUCAUGCCCACUUUGCUUCAAGACCUUCAACAGAUACAAUAACAUGCAGAUGCACAUGUGGGGGCAUGGAUCGCAGUACAGAAAAGGGCCGGAAUCGCUAAGAGGAACACAACCAACAGCGAUGCUUAGGCUUCCUUGCUAUUGCUGUGCACCGGGUUGCAGGAACAACAUUGACCAUCCAAGAUCUAAACCUCUCAAAGAUUUCAGAACUCUCCAAACACAUUAUAAGAGAAAGCAUGGUAUCAAACCUUUCAUGUGUAGAAAAUGUGGCAAAGCCUUUGCGGUAAGAGGUGAUUGGAGAACACAUGAGAAGAACUGUGGGAAGCUUUGGUAUUGCACUUGUGGCUCGGAUUUUAAGCACAAAAGAUCUCUCAAGGAUCAUAUUAAGGCAUUUGGACAUGGUCAUUCUGCUUAUGGUAUUGACUGUUUUGAAGAAGAAGAUGAGGCUGCUUCAGAAAUUGAGCAAGAUAAUAAUGACACCAACCGCUAGCUAAUAACAUGUUUUGCAUUAGAGAGCUAGCCAUUUUGUGAUUCAGCAAUGCUUUGUUGUUGUUGUUGUUUUUUUUUUUUUUUUUUUUUUUUUGAAGGUACUUAAUUAGUAGGGGAAGAGACUUAACCGAUUGAUAUCAAUCUUUAAUUAACCAAGUUCAUGUAAUUUUUUAUUCUAU